AUGUCGGCUGACAUCUCGACAUCCGGUUCAUCGUCCGUGACGCACGUGUCUGAUCUGGAACACGGAUUGGGUGCUUCGUUUACCACCGUCUGUUGUGACCAUGUCAUUUCGUCGGUGCCGUGCGUGUACUCGGCGGCACCGCACGAAAAUUGCGAGGUAGUGAUGCGACCGUACGGUACCCUUUUUCCGGAACGAGGCUUUCGAUACGAGUUUCCGCCACCUGUCAGUUUCAUUAAUAAUUUGAUGGCCACAACAGCGACGACUAAUUCAAGCGACGGGUGCGUGGCGACGGCCGACCAUCCGCCGACGACCCCCAACGUCACCCCCGAUCCGGUCGUCGCACGACGACAGACACUGACGAACGCUGACGACCACAAAUUGUCCACCACCAUCGACCACAAGUCAUCAUCCGUUGACGAAAAAUCAUCCGCCGGUGACUACGGCGCCGGUGGCUUCGUCGGUGAUGCCGGAGAUGGUGUCGGUCCUGCACCUCCGGCCACGGCAGCUACAUCAGUUGAGGAAAACGUCGUUGACGCCGCUACUGUCGUCAGUUUGUUUCCGUCCCCUGUUGCGGCGGCUGCUGCGACCGUUCAGGCGACUACGACCCCCACCGCGACCGCCACCGCCACCACCGAAAUCACGACGGCCAGCAUCAGCACGACGACCAGCUCCGUCGCAACGACCGUUGCCAUCGCCUCCGCCGCCGCUGUCGCGGCGUCUACCUCAAUGACUGCGCUUAGCGUCGUUACCAACAGCGCGGCCGACAAUGACGCGGCGGUUGCACCUGGCACCGGAUCCGUUAUUCCGGACCCGUCUUCACUCACCCCAACGUCGUCAAACCCGACCCUGAGCCCGGCGCCAGCGCCCGCGCCCGCGCCAGCACCCGCAGCUACUAUCUUCACAGGCGGUGUCGCCGGCAGCUUCGCGCACUGUGCGCCGAACACCGUCUACGUACACGUCAAUCCAGGCGAGACUCUGUCGGUGCGGGUCGGCAACGAGGUGCAACAUAUUCCUGACGACGUUGUGAUACUGCUGCAGACGGAUGAGAUAGUUGAAACGGCGAUCAACGGUAUAUGCUACUUUGAGAACUGUACGAGCUGUACGACCUAUCGUACUGUACUGCGACCUGUGACCUGCGAACUCGACUCACUCAGUGCUCGUUUGUUUGGUCGCGAUGACGAACGAACGUUGCUCUCACGUCGAACGCUGUACAACUGUAUUUCGUUAACUCAGUCAUGCGCCUCGUCGCCUCCUCGCCACGAUCUGCGCGAACGGCGACUGAUAAAGUGCUCGAAGUAUCGGCUGGCCAAUGGAACGAACGGGCAGCGAUGCGAUGGCCGUGUCGGACGCCUGCCGAACGUAGCUGUUGUGGACGGUGGUCUUUACGGCCAGUCACCAGUGUGUAGUGUAGACUCACGAUCUACGAUCAGAUGUACGAUGAGAUAUAGACUCACCGUCUAUGUACGCGAUGACGAUACGGGCAAAACGGGUAUCGUGCCCUUAAGGAUUGUGGCGGACGGGUGCGCGGAUGAGGGCGAAGGGACGGGGGUGGAGUCGCGUUUCGCAUUCGCGUGGAGCAUACAGGAACGCAGGUGUGUCGCGCGACCGGCUACUGUGCGAAUGGUCAGCGGCCAACGUCCCCCCGCGCCUUUACCGCUGAACGUACCUCCUGGUCACAUCGUGCAGCAGAUCGUCGACGAAAACGGAGCCUUGCGACAUGUAAUUCUGUCGCCUCAGAGUCCCCCUCUUUCGCGACGACAGUUUGCGUGCGUCAAUGUGCAGAGCCGAACGCUGUGCCCCGGUGUUCAACUGCUGCCGCUGACCACCACUCAGCCGCUGGGUUCGUUCUGCGGUGUGAACCUGACCAGUAAUGCUCCGACCUACUAUCCGGUGAUCGCCGAUACGUUCCAUGGUGUUCCGGUGGCGACGACGGCCGCCGCACCAGCUACCGCCGCCAGUCUCGAAACCGUUGUGCAGAUUCGCAUUCAGCCACGGCUAAAGCUGUUUUUCCGACCGCCGAUGUUCACCUGUCAUCGCUCGGUGAAUGAGCUGAUGUGA